GCUUUUAUUCGCGUGGGAACCGGUUAAAAUGAUUUCAAUAUUAACGUUAACGCCACGUGUUAAUUCCGGUUAAUUUCCCGAGGUGAAACGUCGACGUAACCUCACUCGACUGCUCGCGACAGUCGAGGAGCAGUUUAAACCCGUAAUACAUUAGCGUUAUAUAUAUGGCUACCAGUGCGCACGCGCCUGUGAAAGCCCACGUCAUUUACGUGGAAUUAUGAUUGGAGCGGCCGCAUGCACUGUUUCCGGUGCGCGUUCCCGCCGAUGUACCUGCUCGUGGGUAAUUAAGGCUAAGCAUGAGUGGAGCUGACUGUUUCUAUAAGGCUGCAGCUGUGUGGAGGAAAGGCAGGGCGAGCACGCGCUUUGACGGGGUGGCCAUAUUUUAGGCUCGUGCAAUACAUGAAUAAAAACCACAGCUGACUCCCAGGAGACCCCAUCUCCUUAACACCCCCUUUAAUCUGCUCCGUCACCUCUGCAGACAACUGCUGUAAUAAGGAAAGUUGAUGAAGUGGCUUUCUGUUCUUUCACUAUUGAACAUGCCACUAUUUCUUCGUCGCCUAUCCACGAACCCUUCAGCAGUCAGAGCUCACCUCUCACCUAUAUCUGGUUCUCAGACGAAGGCCCACUUGUUAACCAGCCUAGUAACACUUAUAUGGCUCAACCAGAUCCGUCUCUCCGAGACAUGACCAACGCGAAGCCCAAAGCAGAGGGAAAGAGCGACGACGACGAGGCCCCGGAUGGAGGCUGGGGAUGGGUGCUGGUCGGCGCCCUGUUCGUCAGCACAAGCCUCGUGUUCGGCCUGAUGCGUAGCUUGGGCAUCUUCUUUGUGGAGUUCGUGCAGUACUUCGAGGAGAGCGCUCAGGCCAUCUCCUGGAUCUCGUCCACGGGCCUGGCAGCGCAGCAGUUCUUCAGUCCGCUGGGCACAGCACUGUGUAAUGCAUAUGAUACCCGGGUGGUGGUGAUGACAGGGGGCUGUCUUGCUGGACUCGGCUUCAUACUGGCCUCGCAGGCCACCAGUCUGGUCCACCUCUACCUCACCAUGGGUGUGAUUUCCGGUUUGGGCUGGGGGCUGGUCUUCACUCCCAUGGUGGCUACAGUCAUGGCCCACUUCACCCGCCGCCGCACCCUGGUGUUGGGAGUGGGCUUCUCGAGCAUCGGACUCUCAUCCUUCGCUUUCAACCCGCUCUUCCAGCUGCUGGUGGAGACGUACGCCUGGCGAGGGGCCCUCCUCAUUCUGGGGGCCCUCAGCCUCAACAUCGUGGCCUGCGGGGCUCUCAUCCGCCCACGGCGGCGCUCUAAAGCCCCAGCGAAGGUGGAUUCAGAGAGGAGGUCGUCAUGUGCUGCCACGCUGCGGCGAGUCUCCUCCUACCUGGAGCUGUCGCUGCUCGUCGAUAGGCCGUACGUUGUCUACACGUUGGCCGUCACUCUCCUUAACGUCGGCUACUUUGUGCCUUAUUUCCACCUGGUGGCCCACAGCCGCCAAGCCGGCUUCUCGGAGUACCAAGCUGCUUUUGUCAUGUCAGCUGCCGGUGCUACGGACAUUUUGGGCCGCAUAGUGUCAGGCUGGUUCUCGGACCUGGGUCACUUUCGGCUGAUUCAUUUGCUGACCGUGUGGACAACUCUGGCCGGUCUGUUCAUCAUGUUGCUGCCCGUGAGCUCCUUGUCCGGUUCCUACGCUGCACUGAUGGCGAUCAGCCUCCUCUACGGCUUCUGCUCCGGGGCGUUGACCUCUCUGGUGUUCGCGGUGGUGCCGAUGAUUGUGGGUGUGGAGCGCAUGAUGGGGGCCCUCGGGCUGCUGCAGCUCAUCGAGAGCAGUGGCGGACUUCUGGGGACACCUUUGUCAGGGUUGCUCAAGGACGUCACGGGCAACUACACGGCUUCCUUCGUGGUCGCGGGCGGUUUCGUCGUUCUUGGUACUUUGACCAUGACCACGCUGCCUCACUACUUCUCCUGCAAAGAGCUGCCGCCCCCUCAGAGACGGUCACUGGGUAACAAAGAUAAGGGUUUGGACCCAGAGUUGGAACAGAUGCACAGGUCGCCUACUGACACCAGUUGCAGAGGAGUUAAUGAAGUAUGCAGUAAUCUCAAAGAAUGUGAAGGAGACAACUGGGUCACCAUAACCUGCUGGAAAAAUGCAAAAGAUAUGGAAUGACCACGUAAACACCCAGACUGCAACGUGACACUUGUGUUAAACAAUUAGAUAUUUUGUACUUGUUCUUGAUUAAAAAGCAAUGUAUUUUGUUUUAA